UAAAUAUUUCAUAAGGAUUUUAUUACGAGGCUUUCUCAGUAGACGAAUAUUAACCUAAGAUAUAAGGAUAAUACGCGUUUGCUUUUUUGUGCGUAUUUGUAUGUCUGUGUAUGUCUUCUUGCAUGAAGUGGCCACCCGGGCAGCACGUACUGAUUGAAACCAGAAAUAGAUUGUCUAUGAAACGAUGAUUUCUAAAAUGAUUGUAUCUUUACGCGUAACUUAUGUAACUUUGCGGUGAGAACGGAUAUAACUUAAGAAUUGUUUCAAAAUAAAACUGUUCGCUCCGUGUUAAAAACUAAAGCUGCUCGACUUGAUAAUAAGUCAACUGAAAAAGUAUUUUCCACGUAUUUAACGCUCCUAACUAGUUUUUUCGUGACGGCUGAUACAGUACUUUUUUCGCCUAGUCUACAUGAUUUAAAAUUAUUUUUAAGAGGUCCGCAUAUGGCCCAAAUAUUCAAAGGCAAAACAUAUUCUUCGAUUUCUUAGGGCUGCCAAAAGUAGGUGUCAAGCACGCUUGUGUAUUGGUGGGUUGUUUGCUUUAAGUUGUAAUACAUUGAUUCUAAAAUACUGGGUUUUAGUUAGUCUAGUCUCCAACAGAUUAGGUUGUCUUUUCAUGCGUUUGAAAUGCGGAAAAUUAAACGCUAUGAUAAAAUAGUGCAUUUGUUAAAUAUAAGUUAAGCACAUUACGAAUUAAGGCUCAAUGAGAGUUAUGUAUCGUAACGACGGCCCUUUUAUUGUAACUGGAAACUGUGUCCUUUGGCUAUGUUGGCUUUACCGACAAAAAUUCAGUAUCAUUAUUAACUAUUAUUCCCCCGCGUAUUACUAUAGUAGAUCCAAUCCAAAUACGUUUACAACCGAAGAGGCAGUACAUUGAUCACGACAGAAGAUUGUAUUGUCCAUUUUGAGUCUUUUGAGCCAGUUGCAGCAAACUGUAGUCUUGCGAUGAGGAAAAUGAAUCAAGUGCAGAUAAGUACACGGACGAGGGUGUUUUUGACCUGUUUGUGGAAAUCUGUAUAGUGCAGUUGUAAGGCUGCACUAAAGGGGAUGAGUUCAACUUUACCAGGUAAUGUAAUGCGCUUGAGAACGUACUUAGUCUCUCGUACAUCGGUACAUUGAUUUACAUUCGUAAACAUUUUACAGUGCUCUGGUCUGGAGUUAAGCUAGCAUACAGAACCUUAGGGCUAUUUCUUUGUAUUUGAAGUUUCUUUUUAUUCUCCAUUGCCCUAAGAACAAGUACUAACAAUGUCAAUAUAAAGCGAAUAAAGGUUUGAACUGUGAAUAUUUGGCAUUAGAAUUACAGGAAGUAUUUUGAAGAAUUACUUAUAACCGGACGAAUAUUCUUUCACUACCUAUUUUUUAGAACAUAACUACUAAUUAUAUUUGUACUCAAUUACAUGAACAGCAAAUUUCUUAGUUUUUUGAGCGCUUUUAUAUAGAUCUAUUGUAGUGGUUAUAAAUUUCUCUGUCUCAAAUAUUCGUGAUGUAGAUAUUACUGGACAGACCCGUUGGAUUUGUCUCGCACUCACUUGAUCAUUAAUUAAUUUAUCUCUCUGCCUCGCAAAAACGUAAUAGCAUAAUGACAUGUUGAUACAAUUAACACACGGCUCUUUUCGUCGUGUUUGGUAUUGUUACACUGUAUAUGUUAUAAAUUCAACUGACAUAGUAUAUGAUAGUUUGAAUCCCGGUCCUCGGAUCCGCAGACUUUGCUUACCGCAUGUUUCGCCGUUAGUUUGUUUUAAUAAUCUGAAUUGUUAAUGUUGUACACCUAACCUAACGUUAAGAAUAUCUUAGGUACACGCCGACAGUUAUCCCGUUACGCCAAGCAAAAUAGUCGUCGAAUACGAGACAAUAUAAAUACAGCUUUUCACGUCAUCUUUGUUUCUAGCUUUAUUUAUUCCAGUGGAUAUGUUUCGAUAAAAUAUAGGCUAAGCUGUUUCGCCAGAAGUGUGCUGAAUGUGUUUAGCUUUCUUUUCGAGGGAAAGGAAUACCUUUUAAUCGAGUCAUUGCACAAGCAGACUACCCCCUAAAAUAAAGCCUGAAGCUUAAAAACAUCCAAAGCGAUUUGGAUCGAUUAGAAAGACAGUUAGUUUUAGCAGUAUUCUAGGUAACGUACUCAAGACGAGUGAUAGCUAUGUAACCUACGAUUUUUUAAAGACGCAAAGCAAAUAAUAGCACUCAACUAGUUUGGUAGUAGUUUAUUAAGUAGUCACCCGUUUGUAAUAUGUUUAAUUUUAUGGCAGAUGUUUAAUUUAUGGUACAACUUCUUAUUGCAGGGCCUCUUACAGGUGCAAAAAGUAUAGACUUUAAUAACAUAGAGAUUUUUCUACUUGAAAAAAAUGUUUGGAAUCGUAAGUAGUUAGCUUCUAUUUCCGAAUUAUAGGUGAAAAAUCGAUGAAUUACUUUUUUUUCACAGAGUUCUCACGUGUCAACGGCCUCGAUCGCGAUCCUGCUUGCAACACGUUUGAAGGAUCUGCACACAUUAGCGGCGCUGGUCGGUAACCGUUUUGGCGAGCGUUGCCGCUCGCCAGCGCAUCUUUAAGCAUACGUAUCACAUCGACGAUGACGGCCACUGUAGACUUCCGGCGUUCGGACCACGAGCGGGAAGUUGCUCCUGCCGCACGUGGACGCGACGAAUCACUCUGUCUCUCAGAACUCAUGGACGAAAUUCUCGAAAACGAUGCGGGCAUCCUUGACCAGGCGAACGACUUCAUGCAUUUACUUCCAGGCGUUGACGAUAUGGGAAAUAUGGCCAGCUUCCAUCUCGACCCAUUUUCUGUUUUCGAAGAAGAAGACAUUGAGCCAGUGUUUGCUUCGCUUGGCGAUGACUCAUCGCAAACACGUGAGGAUCUUGUUGAUAUUGAAUCCGUGGACUCAUUAGAGGAACCUACCGCUGCAAGUGGAUGCGUCUCGAAUCCAGGUAACGAAAACGAAUAUUUCGAAGUCCGCAGCGGUUGCGCGCGCACAAUGGGAGUAUUGCCACAUCAUUACGGCAAGAUGAAGUUGCGUCUUAGGGACGAUGCAGAAGUAGCUACACUUAAACGAAAAAAAAGAAAUCGAAUCGUCAGUGACGACGAAAGUAGUCGUUUGAAACACUCAGUGCUAAUGGAACCGGAAGGUGCGUCCUUUCUACAAUUGUCCCCUGUUCAAUCGGGCAAUUCCACAAUAACAGAACUUCCUGCAUUUCUAUCUAGUGGUGCCCAUAGCACUGACGAAAAGCAAGCGAAAAAAAGCAGCCGGAAGUCGUUACACAAACGAAACCGUACCCGGCGAAUAUUGGAUACGCCACCCUCAUCUCCUAUCAAGUGGCAAGGUGCCCAUGCAGCAACUUCACUUUUAGAUAUUUCACCGCAACUUGGAAAAACUCCAGUUAAGAUGUACCCAAGUUGCGCUGACAGUGCGGCUAGCAACAACAGCCAAUUUACUAAUAUCGGAUCUCCCAAAAGCGUGGACAGAAAUAACACUAGUAAGACCAACAACAUCAGCAGCAGCGACAACAAAAAUAAGAAUGACAACAAUACCAAAAGUAAUAACAACAAUGAGAAUUCAAACUCAAUUAGUUGUAGCAAUCGGGAUGGUGGAAAAAAAAAGAAGUCGCACAGCAUUCCGCCUGCACUAUCCGAUAGCAACACCAAUAGCUCGUUAACUUGCACUAAAGUGUCUUCGCUAUCUCCCACAGAAUCGGCGCCAAAACUCCGCCUCGAUGGUCUACUAGUCUCGCCUUACCGCGAGACAACAUCAAAGCAAAAGGUCGUGCCGCGUUCUCUGGUCGAAAAGCUCAAGGCUGCCGCGCAGAAGGCGUCGGCGCGACAAUCUAUCUUGCUGCAGGUGCCCACUUCAAAAGCCGCCGAAAUUUCUCUCGUAGCCCUUGAUCAUGACUAUUGUUUCCAGAAGAAAGCCGCCCAAGCAGAUCAGGACAAUCUGGAACCGGAGCCGAUGGAUGUUGAAAGUGACGAAGAGCAAAGCCCGGUCCGUAUCGAAGUGUUGCCUGAUCUCAGCUUAGCUAAACGCCAGAGAAGAGAUGAGACCCAGUCGAUGGCUGUCAAUGGUAGUUUGGAACAAGAGCAAGAGCAACCGUGUAAACAGGAACCUGCUGAAGUGGCCCUGCAACAGCCCACGCCUCGCAGUCUCCUUAAGGUCAAUCAGCAUAUGCCAACCGCUGUGCAGAUGGUAACAUUACAGCAGUCCGAUCAGACUCCGGGGGAAGUUAUGAUACCUGCGCAAUCAGAAGAUGGAUCUAUGGUGUUGGCCAGUAAUCAGGGGAUUUGGACGAUUGACGAUGGCAUGGCAUUCGUCAGUCACGGUGUAAAUCAUAACGAACAGCUUGUUAAUUUUGUGAAAGAAGAAGAAGUUAUGGCGACAGCAUUAAGUGAAGGUGGUUCAUCGGAUUCUAGUGUGGAGAGCCUUUAUCGUGAGAGAAAAAGUCAUGAAGGGAAUGAAGCUGCAUUAGUUAACGAGAUAAUUGAAGAUGAUCAUGAAGGUCCACAGUGGAACGAUGAGAAAGCUCGCGGCCUCAAUAAGUCCUUGCGACGAGACCCCAACAACAAUCGAAAUGGCAAUUCGGGAUCGGAUGCCUGUUCCUACCGUAGGCGUCGCCGCAGGAGUGGGUCAGCUACCAGCAACUCCUCUUUUACCUCAUCGGAUAGCGCUAGAAGCCGUAGCAGGAGCAUUGAAGACUGCUGCGGAUGCAGCGGCUCUGCUGGGAAUAGCAGACAGCGCGGCGAUCAAUCUUACCGAAAGAGGAGUUUAUCAAGAGAUGGCUGUCGUCGUUGCAGGUGUCCAUCACCAGAUUACACUGUUGGUUCUCAUGCACAUCGACAACGUAGUCUGGAAGUCAAUGAGCGAGAGGCGUACGCAACAGCCGUUUGGGAGAACCGUAAUACAAACACUCAGCGUCCACCUUUGCAACCGAAGAGGGAACGGAAAAAUAUCUGGUGUAUGGAUGCGCCCCGUCAAUCUGCAGAGCCAUCAGCGCCAUAUCAAAAGCGGUCUCAGACGUUGACAGCAAUGCAGGAAGCACUCGAGAAGAUUCGCAAAGGUGGCGACAGAAAAAUUAUUUAUGUCGGCAAAAUUCCUGAAGGAACAACACGUGUCCAAGUUCGUGAAUGGUUUUCUCGGUUUGGAAAAAUCGCGGAAGUUUCUCUUCACUUCAGGGACGCUGGAGAAAACUAUGGCUUCGUUACUUUCGAGCGCGCAAAGGAUGCUUACCAGGCUGUCGAACGAGGUAAUGACGACCCGGAACUGCCAAAGUUUCAGCUCUGCUUUGGCGGUCGUCGACAGUUUUGUGGACAACAGUGGUCUGAUUUGGACAGCCAGCCGGAAAAAGACUACCUGCGCGAUGCUAAAGGAGAAUUGGUAAAGAAAGACGACGAUUUCGACAGCCUAUUAAAAUCUCUCAAAGGUGCUCCGCUAUCAGGGGCCAGAAGAAAGUGUGGCAGAUAGCUUAACCAUAGACGAAACGUGACAAUUUACAUACACAAACAUGAAAACAAAGAACCACAAAUAUGGAAAAGCCUGCGUAUAUCCGUUUAGGUUAGCACAAUAACAGACAGAAAUUAUCCCUGCCAGCGUCUAACGAUUAUCGAUAAAAUAAUGCACAAAUCACUUCAAUUCUAGAAAAUGGUGGUGCUUGACCUGUUCCCUUAUUAAGUCAAUGAGGAAGAACAAAUAUGCAUAUAACGUUACCUCAUUGGGGCAUGUCGUUGUGGAAAUGUUUUGUAUUUUCGUUUGGCCGAUCUGUGGAUUGUCAUACCGAGAAAAAUAUUUCUAUAAAUAGUAAUAAUAAAAAUAUAUUAUAGAAAAAAAAAAGAUUAAGUGGAUUUACAGAGCAGAAGAGGCAUUUAACGAAGCUUCGAUCGAUGCCAGAGAAACAAAUAUUUAGGCUAACACGAAAAAGGUUCUAUUAGAUUCCUUGGGAAGCUUAUUUUACAUGGGGCUUGUUGACGGUUGGUCGCCAUUUGUUACUACUGUGCGAAACCGUAAAGUUGAAUGCAGUCGCAUGUGCUACAUAGACAGCAUAACGUUACAACAAGUUAAUUUGAUUCACAUCCACCAAUCUUAAACCUCAAGAUAGAUUUGACGAGCCGCUAAUUAAGAACUUCUCUUGGGUUUAUUGCGCAUCUAGGCGCGUGCUCAAAUGCGAAGUAUGAGGUUGCUAAAACCAUUUUCGCUUCAUUUACCUUUGUUACAAUUAAAGCAAUAUAAAGACGACAAUCCUGCACUAGCAAACGUCAUACGUUGUUAUGACUGAUAUCAUAUCUAUUGUUAUCGAGAUCUCCAAUGAGGUAACCAUUAGAAAUACAGAAAUUUUGCACAAAGCGUGGCAGUAUCUGUAAGUAACUGUUAAUGCGACACCCCAAUAUUUGUUUUUCAACCAACGGCAAGCAAAUACACGGUAUAGAUCAAAAACUUGAGUGAAAAAAACAUCUAAGAUCAACAUCCCAGACUAUAGUUAUUACUAUUGCUAUUACUAUUCUUUGUAUUCCGGUUUCGAGACAAUCAAUGGUGCCAUGCGUCGUGUAGAUAUUAGUGUUGCCAAGAGUAAAUCAAAUACUUGCGUCCCUUAUAUACUUGUAAGUUGUCAACUUAAUGUGUUGCUAUAAACAGCAUAAAAUCUCCCAUAGGUACACUAGCAAGGCAACGAUAUUAAUCAUAUAACGAUCAUACAACGCUGAACUAGAAGAGAUUCAAAGCGGCACAUAACAAAAAGUAUUUUAUCAUAAUGAUUAAAGCUACUAAUUUAGCCUUUUUCAUGCUGUUGGGCGGUCACUCAUUAUAUAUACAUAUAUAUCACAUUAGUAGAUACAUUAUUACAUAGAAAUGUUGUUGAUACUGUUAAUUGUACUUGAUUGAUUGAUGAUGAUGACCAGUAUAAGGACAGGUGUUUAAAAAAAUCUACUUUUUUGACAAUGCGCAUCACGACCACGUGAAGGUCGAGAGUGAGGGAAGUAUCAAUAGUGGAGGUUGAGCGUUUAAUACCUAUUAUUAGUGCAUUAAGCGCACAUCCGAUUUCGUUAUCGUCUCGGAUUGAUCCGAGGGCGAAAGAGGGAGGAACAUAGAAGAGCGAUGCAAAUAACUAUUUAGGCGUAAACAAACUGGGUCAUCGACGAUUCUUCCGUCGUUGAAUUAAUAUAUAUGGAAUUAGCGGAACAAUCAAACGUGCAUGCAAGCAUAUCGAUUGGUUUAGCCUUUAAAUCUGAAGGUUAGGAUAGAGUAAAAAGCUAUUGCUAGGAUACGGGCAGCCCAAUAUUUAAUUAGUCAACUCGUAUAAGGUGUAAGUUCACGGAUGGCGUUGGGUUUGUUAACACAAAGUAUUAUCAAGAUGCAAUACAGGUAGGUGUACGACAGGUGGUGCGUCCAAGCCAAUCUACUUUUACCAUAAAACGUUGGUUAUAGUUAGUUAAGCUUUACAUGAAUACGAGAUAUUUUCUGCCAAAUUUCGAAACCCAGAUGCUUCAAAAUUAAUCGUUGAGAGGCGGCUAUCGCGAACAGCAAAAAAGCAGCUACUUUAGAGAGACCUAAACUGUAGAAGUAUGGGAGGUAAUUGAUCGUGGACAGUUAAGGGAAGCUUGCUAAAAAGUUGCUAAAUGACGCGAUGGUCGCCAAAAGCCAACUUUCAGAAAGUCAAUUAUCCGGCAUGUGCUUUUCUGCCACUUAAUUAACCACUGUCAUGGUUAAGAAAAAUUAUAUAUGUACGUAUAUUUGAUAUGGUAUACGUUGUGCGACGAGUGAGUUAUUCACCCUACUGUUGCCGCAAGUGUGAACUUGAAUAACAACGGUUUCUGUGCGUGAACGUGUGCCUGCGGGCGUGGAUACAUGUGUAAAGCGACAAGGCAUAUAAAUACGAUACGAAAAUUCAAUGGUUGUUAGCAUCGAUAAGUUGGUGUAUAUGUAACGGUGAUUGUAAGUCAGCGAGAGAGAGAGAAAGAGAGAAAGAUACUUCGAAUGUGAGUAGCUCAAACGAAUUUAAAAAAUUAUUUAUUUUCUAUUUGUUUACAGGACUUUAAAGUGUGCCAGAAAAAUGAGGUAUACCGAUCGGUGACAAUUUACUGUUUUUAUUGAGCAUACGAAGAUAGAUAGAAGCAGGAAACAGGGAAUGACUAGUAUACGAGAUGAGUCAUGUCGAUUAAUAUUAUGUUGAAAUAGAUCUUUUGAAGUAUAACGAAGUCUACACCAGACAAAAUUCCUUAUUUUUAUAUGGAAACAUAUAAAAAACAAAUCUGGAUUUACUAGGAACGCUGUGCUUUCAGAUUGUUGCACGUCGGUUCUAUUUGUCUUUGUAAAAAAGUAUGAUGAAAUUCAGGAAUUUUGCAAUAUUCUUAAGGGGCAAUGGGUAUUUAGUAGAUAAAUAUUUGGUUCCUUAAGUUCACUGCUUGGUACUUCUGCCCUGUUGGAGUUGAAAUUUAGUAAGCGAUUUAUCUGGCGGCGGUCAUUAAAUGUACGAUAACGUGUAUUUAUCCGAUCCUAAUUUUUGCCUACCUAGAGGCUGCGUGGUAGGUUUAGAGAUUAAUUAUGAUGUCCUACAGCAUAUGCGGUCAUAAAAAUAUCUUUUUUUUCCUUUUUUUCGCUAUAUUUUGUUCUGGCAUCCUCAUCAGUCAUUUUAUACGUCUUUGUGAAUUAUCCAAUAAUAAUAAUAAUAAUAAUAAUAAUAAUAUAGUGAAUAAAGCCAGAACCAAGAAGUGUGAUUUCAGGUUAAUUAAAAUGCAAUUGAAUGUGAAAUGGUAUUCUUGCUAGUAUUUUUGCUUCAGAUAUAGCGAUAACAGUGUGUGUAAUGUAUAUCUUUGUUUAUAUGAUCCAUCGAGCGAAUGGACUGAAAACAAUGGAAAACGUAGCAGACAAGGAAUGUAAUGAAGUGCAUUUCAAUCAAUCUUGCGUUUUUUUUCUUGGAGUUAAGUUAGGUAGAGCAGCUUCUUUAUGCGCAACUUGACGCGACCACCACUAAAUUAGAUCAUAUAUUUUUCAAAGAAUGUAGUAGUUGAACAGACUUAUGAUGAACUGGGACAUUGUAUGCAUACGAGGGAAUGAGUUCGUAGCUAAACCUUUCGUUCUGUCUGAAGAAUAUGAGGUCUCUGUCAGCAGAUCAAUGUGCACCUGCUCUAAAAUUAGGGAGAUACUAAGGCUUUAUAAGUGUAGAAUAAGG